AACAGGGACAAUUUUUUCCACCAGUAGCGUGGCCGAGAUCAGUGAUCAGACAGCAGAUGAUCAAAUCUUGUCUGUGUUCCCAGGGGCACCAGUGGAGCAUUUCUGAACAUGGAUCCAACUGUCCCAGCCUGGAAAACCGACCUGACACCAUUAAAUUCGAGUGACCAGGCCUUUCCUGAAGCCACUGAUAUAGUAACCCUGGUCCUUGUCUUUCUGGAUUUCUUCAUCACCCUGGUUGGGCUGGCAGGAAAUGCUGUUGUGCUCUGGCUCCUGGGCUUCUGCAUGAAGAAGAACACCUUCUCCAUCUACGUCCUCAACCUGGCAGUUGCUGACUUCCUCUUUCUCUCCUUAGCGGUUAUGGACAUCCUGAAGCCUGGCCCUGCUGUCCAGAUUGCUGUGUGGCUCCCAGCGGAUUCAGCUAACCAGGCUGUAUGUCACGGUCAUCCUCACAGUGCUGGCCUUCCUCCUCUGCGGCCUGCCCUUUGGCAUUAACUAUUUCCUCUUAAUCUGGAUUAAUGCAUACUCCAGACACUUCUCUACAGUUGUAACUGUCUUGUACUGUGUCAACAGCUGUGCCAAUCCCUUCAUUUACUUCUUCGUUGGCAACUUUAGGCAUCGACAGCGUAGGCGGCAGACCCUCAAAUUAGUCCUCCAGAGAGCUUUCCAGGACAUUCCUGAGGGAGAUGAAAGUGAAGUCAGCCUUCCCCAGGAGACCCUGGAAAUGUCAGGAGGCAGCCAGGUAUCCUGAUUCAGAGCUCGGCUUCAGUCAUACAGAAGUGACUUUGAGGGCCAGCUCCUUCUUUUCUCUUCCCCCUUCUGAUAUCCUCAUUUAGUGAUGUUACAAUUUUAACUCACAAGCUCUUGAACACUCUGAUACAUUUUUUCCAGUCUUUUUUUUUUUCUCUUCACUUUUCUAUUGGGAAGUUUAUAUUGACAUAUUUUCAGGUUCACUGAUUCUUUCAAAGGCUUUCUCUCAUCUACUGAUAAGCCCA